AUGGUUCAGGAGAUAAACAAAUUAGGCUUCCCAGUGAAGAAUGUUCACUCCGACCAGGGCCGGGAAUUCUUGAGCGACAGCUUGAGGCUGUGGCUGUCUCAAAUGGGAGUGCGCGUCACCAUGAGCGAAGCUCAUGAUAAAAAGGCCAACGGCCUGGCAGAACGCAUAGUAGGGUGGAGUAAGCAGAGAGCCCGUUGCCUGCUGAACAGUGCCGAGCUCGAGCCAAGCUUCUGGCCCUACGCUAUGGCUCAUGCCGCCGCCUCACACCAGGCCUCCCUUAUAGGAGACACUCCGCUUCCCCACUUUGGGAAAAAGAUAGUGUUCAAAAGGCCGAUGCUGCCUGGCAACUUUAAGCCCUGGGACCACUGGUCCGAAGGUCGAUACCUCUCCCCGUCCAUCCUUGUGCCGGGAGGACACUCAAUCCUCAGACCGGAUGGCAACACCACGGUUGUGAAGAAUUUCAGGGAUGAUUUGGUUGACCCUGAGGCCUUGGUAAGACAGCGGCAUGAGGAGCUAAAGGAGGCAGCGGAGGUAGCCGCGGAUGCGUCCCUUUCGGAAGGAGGCCAGGAGGAGUUGUUUCCGGAACUCUUUGGCCCCGAUGGCCGGGAGCCCACGGGAUCAUCAAAGGAGGUGAUAGGAGCAGGUGUAGGGGCGAUAGAUCCUGGACCCGCAGAUUCCGAACUUCCUCCACCUAGCCGCCUAAAGGGAAAGGGUCCAAGGUUGAGGCCAAGGCCACGCCUUGCUGCUCUCCGGGAGCAGGAAUUAGAAGAAGAUGAGGAUGAAGAAAGUGAGGAGGAGAGCGAAGAACCGGAUGAGGUGACGGAUGUAGAGGCCAACACCAUAUCUGAAGGCCAGAUCUCAUCCUUGGGAUCCUCCUCCUCGUCCGGGCAACAGUUUCCCCGCAACUUGGGAUCCAUCCAGGAUCCGGUGAUCAUCCGCGCCCUUGUGAGGCUCAGUCUUGAGUCCAGAGCUCAGGGCCUCUAUGACUUGGGAGUCCACGAGGUAGGCGAUCUGAACUAUGUCUUCAGAACAGACCUUGUUGAGGAAGGCUGGACCGAUCACGAGGCUACUGUGUUCCUCCAUGAAUGCCCGUGCUCGCAGGGAAGCAAGGGAAAGGGCGGAAGCCCUCCGCGUGCAACCACGUGCACAGGCUCAGAUGCAGGAGCCACUGCGGGCUCAACGGAGCCUUCCGAGCCCCGUCACAACCCUCGCAUCACCCGUCCUAUUCUGGACCAGCUUCCGGCGAGAUUCUAUGAUGAAGUGAUCGUCAAUCAGCCCAUCUCCAGAGACCUCCUCUCCCGCGUAGAGGAGGAAGCACAUGAUGCCGACCUAACGAUGGAACCGAAUGAUGAGGAGUAUGCCCAAAAUGUGUUCCAGACCACCAGGUUUAGGAAAGAUAGCUUUGGGUUAGUGCCUCUUGAGCAAGAGCCCGCCCUGGAAGUUUCUUCUGAAGAGCUCGCGUCAGCUCUGCUGGAGCUCGGACCAGGGAUCUCAACACAGGGAGUCGAGCAGAUGGCGCGACGGCUUCCUUAUGAGAGUCCUCACCCUGCCCUGGCUGGGGAUCAGACGUCAGGCGAAGAGGGCCGGGCAUUCUACUGUGGUGCCAUGUGCAGAGGAGGAAUCUCCUCCUUGAGAAGGUCCUGUGCGGAGAACCCGCUUGCCAUCAAGUGCCUUACCAGGCUUCUCCGGAGAGCUUUUCCCCACAUGUGCUUUUCUUCAGUGGCAGUUCUAGAGGAGGUGAUGGCACCCCCACACCGGGACUGCAGAAAUGAGGCAACUCCAAACUUGAUAUUGCCUUUGACCAGGUUUGAAGGUGGUGCAGUGUGGAAGGAAAAUGAGUUCGGAAAUGUUUUGAGGGAUGUCAAGGGCAAGCCCACCGCGGGCAGACUGCUUGAUGUUGCAACGGGACCCCAGACCCUCCAGGCCCAGUCGAAGUUCCACCUCACCGAGCCGUGGGCAGGCAGAAGGGUGAUCCUGGUUGGGUAUACGGUCUCUAGGAUAGAGUUCCUUAGUGAGGACCAAAGGAGCAAGCUCCGGGAAUUGGGUUUCGUGUUGCCGGGGGAUCUCACUGCCGGAGAAGAGGGAAAUAGAGAAAGGGAGGACUGGGAGCGUGCCACUCAAGGUGAGUUCUUUCGAGGAGGGUACGUCAUUGAUGAAGCCACUCAGACAAUGUUCAGGGCCAAUGAAAGUCAUGAGAGAUUGGCUGUUGCAGCAGUGACCAGUGGGGUCAUUCAGAGUGGGAUUCACAAUGGAGAUAUGAUUCUCCGAGAGUACCUCGGCGAUCCGAGAGAUCACGGCCCUUCCGAGCCGGAUGAACCGAUCCCUGUGGUAGAGCUGCUGGGGCAUGAGGAUCCGGAGGUAAACAAAAUAGAGGUUUACACUAAGGAUGUAGAGGCUAAGCUUGAAGCACUCGGGGAUAGCUCGCUGGAAACCACCUACACUGUUUCUCCAGCCGAAGCCCGGAAGCAUGCUGAGCGUUGGAGAGCCGCGCUGCUUGAAGAGCUCAAGUGCCUUGAGGAAAAGGGAGCCAUCAUCCGGAGAAAGGGAGCCGAGGCCCAGAAGCUCCUUUCGGACCCCGAGGCCGUCACUCUGCACUCCAAGGGAGUGUAUACGAUUAAGCCCGGCAAAUACCGGCCGGAUGGGCCGAAGCAGGCUUUCAGAAGAAAGGCGAGGAUCGUAGCGCGCGGGAAUGAGUCCCGAUACACCGACACCGGCGACGUCUAUGCUGCAGGCGUGGCAGGCGACGUCCUGCGCGCUGCACUCCUGAAGGGAGCCAGUAGGCGGUGGAAAGCGUUCGGCACUGACGUGCAUACCGCCUUCCUGCUAGCGCCGUUAGGUACCACCCGCAGGUACCUGUUGCAGCCACCGGCAAUCCUCAAGGCGUUGAAUCUCAUCUCCGAUGGGGAGAUAUGGGAAAUAAACCGCGCCAUAUAUGGCUUGAGGGAGAGUCCGAGGUGGUGGACAGACUACAGAAAUGCCGCGCUCACCGGCCUCACCUUCCAGCUGCGCAAUGCCGAGACUGGCAACCUUGAGCCUCACCGCUUGGAACAGGGUAGCACUGAAGGGAAUGUCUUUAAGAUAAGGGGUCCCAAUGGUGAGCUGAAAGGGCUUUUGGUGUGCUACGUUGAUGACUUCCUCAUCCUGUCGAGCGAUUCUGUGGCGAAAGCCCUCUACGAGGCAAUGUGCACCCAGCUGAACUGGGAGUUGGAUCCCCUCCAGGAGGCCACCCGACAGAACCCCCUUAAGUUCUUAGGUGUGGGGAUAAGUCCUUUGGAAAAUGAGCCCGAGUUCGCGCUUGACCAGAGGUCUUACAUAGACGAGCUCCUCGCCAAGAAUGGGUUCCAGGGCAGAGGCAGUAACAUCCCCUGCCCAAAGGAGUUGCUGUCAGAUGAUGACUUGGAAGAUCCUGAGGACGUAAGUUACCCAACGUCCCUAAGGGAGGCGCAGCGCCUCACCGGCGAGCUCCUGUGGCUAGCUCAGAAGAGUCGUCCUGACGUCUCUUUUGUGGUGCAAUACAUGGCAUCGCACACCAUAGGCCGCCCGCGACAUGUGUGCGACGUCGCACAAAGAGUGUUCAGAUACCUCUCCCUGACAAGGGACAGGCAUCUCCGCUUGAUGCCAAAGGCCGAAAGGGGGUUGGAAGUUUUCACUGACGCUUCCUUCGCGCCGACCGGAAAACACAGUCAGGGAGGGAUCCUGAUCAAGUAUAUGGGAUCGACGAUCCAAUGGAAGGCGUCAAAACUUCCGCUGAUUGCGAUUUCGUCAGCAGAAGCAGAACUGCAGGCGCUAAGUGAGGGUGCCAUCUACGGACAGUCGUUGCAAGCUGUCCUGCGGGACAUCACCGAUGAGCCCCCUCCCCUCGCGCUGCUGUGCGAUUCCACUUCCGCGAUAGCCGUGGCCGAGGGAGGUGACUUCGUCUACUCCGUCCUCCUCAGAUCAGCCGAUCAAGCGAAGGGGGAGACCAACCUCCCAGCCUCCGAGCGCCCAAGGGCAGUCUACCGCGACUUCAUCUACUACAACCACGUGUUGAUGCCACCCACAGGUGUCAACCCUGGAGCAGUGAUGACUACCAUGCAAAGAGGCGGAGUCGUCCACCUCUUCAACGAUUGCGGGACCCUCGGAACACCGGGGUACAGGCAGGAGCGUACCUUCUGCCGCCAGUGCCUAGCAAGGGCGAACCUUCGCCGCUAG